AUGGUCGCGGCGAAGCGCAAGGGCAAGAAGCCCAGCCUCCUAUCCCACGGCCGCAGCCCGCACAUAAACACCAAGAAAACCGCCGCAACCCUCUCCGCAAAAGCGACCGCCACCAUCAUCCGCACCCACCACCAGCUGCAGAAGGCGCACGCCCAAGCCGUCAAAGCAGGCGACCAUGCCAGGGCGGCCGAGAUUCAGAAGAAGAUCGACGAGCAGGGCGGACUGAAGACGUACCAGGCUGCCAGCAUCACCGGCCAGAGCUCCGAGCGCGGCGGAGACAGCAGCCGCGUGCUCGUCGACUGGCUGCAGGAGCUGGGUCUGCCUUCGGCCCACAGGAAAGCUGAGGGAGGUGACCCGGAGGGACGGAAAUGCAAACUGCUCGAGGUGGGCGCACUCUCGACGGAGAACGCCUGCUCGAAGCGCCGCUAUCUCGUCGUGGAGCGCAUCGAUCUGAACUCGCAGUCCCCCGGCAUCCUCCAGCAGGAUUUCAUGAAGCGACCGCUCGCGGCAUCGGACGAGGAACGCUUCGACAUCAUAUCGCUGUCGCUGGUCCUCAACUACGUCCCGGAUGCUGAGGGGCGUGGUGAGAUGCUCAAGCGCACGCGCACCUUUUUACGCAGACCCGAGGACUUGGAUGAUGGUGGGGCUGCUGCUGAUGCUGCUGAGCUCCCGAAGCCUUGUCUGUUCCUCGUUCUGCCCGCGCCUUGCGUCACGAACUCUCGCUAUCUCGAUCGACGACGUCUCGAGCAAAUCAUGAAAAGCCUCGGUUACGCCCUGCUCCGGGAAAAGAUAACGGCUAAAUUGGUCUACCAGCUUUGGAAACUCGGAGAAAAUCAGGCGGAGAAAGGGCAAAAAUUUUCAAAGGUUGAGGUGAAUCCCGGCGUGAAGAGGAACAACUUUUGUGUAUUAGUGAAGUAG